UAGCGUCAUCUAUUGGUUCGUGAUUUUCGCGAAUACUUACAUCAUUUUCUGAACCUUCAAUCAAAUUCCAUCAAGUAAUAUUCUUAAGGUGAUGCGAAGCCUUGCAUACUGCUUGUUUUUAUCACUCCUAGCUCACACCCUCAUCUCAGUCCCUGUUCCAACCAAAACCAUGAAACGCGAAGAGCUCCUCAACAUAAUCAAGAAAAACUUCCUCUCUCGAGAAAAAGAGUACCUCAAGAAGCAACCUCUCAGCGACGACUUGAAAAGCUUCAUCCAGAGGGUAAAGAGACGAGCCAACCCCCCAAAAAAGAGAGACUCGUUCCAAAAUGCCGAUACCGAACACAUGUACGUAGUUCACAAUGGCGACAUAGUACCACUGAGCGAUAUCAAGGAUAGAGGACUGGAAAGCAACUUCAUUGAAAGCAAUGGGGAUGUGACUCUAGACGACCGACAGUUCCCCAGCGUCAACGAAAAUGUUACAGAGACCUGCGAGGAAACACCGAGAGGAACCUUUGCAGCUUUGGCAUUGGAGACAUCAACUAAAGUCACCAAAAGAAUCACUGAUGGUAGUGAUGGUCAUGGUUCAGCAACGGAAGAACAGAGCGAGGAGUCUGACAGCGACUCACCUAACGAAUCAACCACCGCCAACGUCAAGCUCCUCAGCAAAGUGAUCAAGGAUGUAGAAGACUUGAUCAAGUACCAGAACGAUGCCAAACCUACCUCGGAAACUACACUCUGCAACGUGACAGGCGACUGGGACAGCUACGCCGGAGGCAUGCAGCUGAGGAUAUACCUCAGAGAGAACACCCACAACCCCAAAGUGAGGAUCGUGCCCAGAGAACCUCCCAUGGAGGGGUUUUUAUCGGCCACCAAGUGGAACGUCACUGCCCUGGUGCCGUACAGGCACUCCUCCAUGAUCGCCAUCAUGGCCGUGUCCCAGAAGGGCAGGCGGAUCGCGGCGUUCAUAGGGGAGUGCAGAGUUUGCGAGGGGGAUGAGACCAUUUCGGGUAACUGGAUGGUGACCAGGAGGUCGAAGAGCUGCAAGGAUCGGGAGGAGGCUAAUACGUUUAUUAGUGAUGUGUUGAGGAAGAAUAACAUCAGGAGGCUGCAGGCAGCUCAUCUCAGUGAAAUUACUUCGUCUACGGCGGAGAGUGAUAUUUCUGACAAUAGUGAGAAUGUGGCGUUCUUUUAGCAUGAUGUGUAAGGGUGAUAUUAUUAAACACGUUAUGUUUC